UCGAGGGACCGCGGCGGUCGCAAGUCGAUCGUCGCUCAGAUGCGCUCUCCUUUUGAGCCAAAAGUCGCUCCGCACUCUCUCUCUCUCAUCUCCUUCCUUAUUUUGCCUCGCAGUGCAGGCAGCAGCGCAGCGAAGCGAAGCUGGAUCGAGUGGUGAUGCGCACGGCGCUGUCAUUUUGAGCCGGAGGAGAGAGGAAUGGGGGAGCUAGGUUACUGCUGAGGGAUAUUUUUAUGCGAGGGCGAUGGAGAGGCGCGGGGGGCCGGCGAUGGCGCCGCUGAGCGCGGCGACGGUAGUGAGAGGGGAGGAGAGGUGGCGGCAUUUUGACAACUCGGUGAACGCCGUCUCGUUUGGGUUCGUGGCCACCGCCGUUCUCAUCUCCAUGUUCCUCGUCAUGGCCAUCUUCGAGCGCUUUCUGCGCCCGAGGUCGCCGCUCGCGGAAAACGGCAGGGGAGGCGGCGGCGGCGAUGCCUACUUUGGGAGGCGGAUGGGGUCGUCGCUGGAUCCGGAGGUGCAUGCCAGCAAGAUGGAGUACUCGUCCUCCAAGAUUUCAAUGUAUUCCAAGGAGGUAUCUGUGUUGAUGCCUGGCUAUAGCACACCGACUUUCAUCGCGUAUCCUGCUCCCACUCCUGCUCUUGCUCCCUGGCCGCCUUCUCAUGAGCAUUGCUAGCUCACCGAAAACCAGAGACCGCCGAGGCCCCAGAAUCCAGCGAACAUGAGUUCCACUUAGCAAAUCUGAACUCUCUCGUGUCUGGGAGCCAUCUUGAUUAUUUGGUAAUGUCACACAUUGUGUAUAGUUCUCUUUAUGGACUUCGAAGAAGCAUGCUGCUGCCCCUGUUGCUCUCACGGCAGCAGAGAGGUAGCUUUCUCAAGUAUUGACUUGAAUCUUUUAGAGAUGCCUUUAAUUCUAA